CAUAUGGUAACUCUGAUUUCGCUUAAUAAAACGUUUUUAGGAUUGUUAGUUUUUCACCACGUGUUAUUGGAAAUAGUUCGAAAUUUUUUUUGAUUCUAAAGAAAUUCUUUUAUACGAAUUAGAAUUCUCUUUCGAUCACGUGGUUACUCUAAUACGAAUCAUGACCAAUCAAGGCAAUCAUCGUCGGCGAAAACAUCUAUGGCGGACGAUGUUGCUCGGAUGUUCCGUGUUUUUUAUUGAAUUACCUUAACCUAAUUAUUUUUCGAAUGUAAUAGUGACCGAGUGAGUUUAACAAUGGGACCUAAAAAGACAUCGAAACCAACAGUUCCAAAUAAAAAGACCGUAAGACCGAGUAAAUCUACGAAAACCGGGAGCAAUGGAACGAAAAAAGCUGAACAAGAAUCCGAUCCUGAAAAGCCUUCUACUUCGAAAGAUGGUAAUAGCAUGAAAAUGACGAUGUGCACGGCGCCUACGAUGGUGCCUCGCACACCGGCUAAAAGACCUGGAAGACCACCGAGUGGUAAACGACUUGCAAUGACUAGGAAUCUUCCCGGUAAAAUUCGGGCUACAGUUAGAAGAAGCCUUGAUCCAUGUGAUAAUUCCAAUGAUAGUGGUUUAGGUUUUGAUAACCAUUUUGAUCCUUACGCAAUGGGUAUGCAGGAAAGGAUGCACUGUCCGGACGAGAGACUGCAACCAAAAAGAUCACGAUUAGAUGUUAAAAUUGAAGACGAAAUAAAUGACAGCUAUAGUUUUCCGGAUCAUGUAUCCGCUUGCGAAACUCAAAAUAACUCGACAACAUUGAUUAGAACAGCGCCCACAUCCUCGGUUUCAUCACUCAGCAUCAGUGCGUCACAGACAAGCACGUCAACUCAUACAACAUCAAGAUCAGCAUCUUUAGUUAGCCAUUCCGCUCAAUCGGGAACACCAGUCACACUUGCGACACAAUUAUCACAUACUUCAAAAUAUGGUGAUAUUUCGUUGAGUAUUAUUUGUCAACCUGAACAGCAACAUAGAGCAAGGUAUCAAACGGAGGGAAGUAGAGGAGCUGUUAAAGAUCGUACCGGAAAUGGAUUUCCCAUGGUGAAAUUAAAUGGUUAUAAUAAACCUGUAACACUACAGGUGUUCAUCGGAAGUGAUACUGGAAAAGUAACACCACACAUGUUUUAUCAAGCUUGUAGAGUAAGUGGAAAGAAUUCAACUCCAUGCACAGAAAAGAAAAUUGAAGGCACGAUUGUAAUCGAACUACUAAUGAACCCCGCUAAAGAAAUGACGGCAACUUGCGAUUGCGUCGGAAUCUUGAAGGAACGAAAUGUUGAUGUUGAGCAUCGAUUUCCCGAUCAGCAAGGGCCUAGAAGCAAAAAGAAAUCAACGAGAUGUAGAAUGGUGUUUCGAGCGACCAUAACUCAUAAUGACGGUGUUCAGGAGACUUUACAAGUUUGUUCACAACCGAUCGUUUGUACGCAACCACCUGGUAUUCCUGAAAUUUGCAAAAAAUCUUUGACUUCUUGUCCAGCGACGGGAGGCUUGGAAUUAUUUGCACUUGGUAAAAAUUUCUCAAAGGACACAAAGGUUUAUUUCCAGCUAAUGGAGAAUGAUCAUGUUCGCUGGGAACAAUCGGUAGCACCUGAUAAAGAAUAUUUGCAGCAGAUGCAUUUUGUGUGCGUAAUUCCACCCUACAUGCACCCAAAUAUUACCGAGCCCGUUACGGUAAGGUUAUUUGUGGUGUCAAGCGGUAAAACUAGCGAACCACAGCAUUUUGUUUAUACGCCCGUUAAUGGGGCAGUUCCAAGUGUACGCGUGGAUUCGCAAGCUACAUCAACACCAACAACAUCAAGCGCCCCAUUUCUAUCGAAGAUGAUGUGGUCAUCGCUUACUAAACAAGAACAAGACGUCGAUAUGAUGCCCCCACCAGGAACUAACAUGGUUCCGCUAGCACAACGCAGAUCAUCAACAAACACCAACACCGACAGCAAUUCGCCACCGCUACGCGGAUUGAAACAAGAACUUCUCGAUGAAAAUACUCAAAGCUCUAUUAUGGAUCCCAGCGAGUUACGAUCCAGUCGAUAUCGUCAUAUUUCCGAAAGCUCGUUAGAUGUUCAUCCCGGUGACUCUAAUUUAUCGAUGAUUAAUGAAAAUUCAAACAUUAGUCUUGUAAAUGAAAAUAGUGUUGAGAUGAUUGUCAGAAGAAAUUCGAUGAGUCGUCCCGUAACUGUCUGCGACAGUUCGUUGGAUGUUAACGUCUCGAAUUCCAAUCUUUCGUCGCUAAAUGACGAAUCAUCUUGUAGUGUUCACCUUCAAGAUAAUAGGAUAUUCAAUCAAGGUUUACUUACCACCGUUCAUUCGGACAUAUCAAACGCGUCUGUUGAAGAUCUCAAAGUUAUGGAUUUACGUAAAAUUUCUAUGGCAACCGUAGCCGAUUUGGCGAACACUUCCGCUCCAUCGCUAGCCACUUUGCAAAGCUUUGGUGUGACGGAAGCGUCCAGUGCUCCAUUGCCUACCCAAAGUGGCCUAAGUGUGGAGUCGUAUCUCACCACGCUUGAAAACAAGAACCGUUUGGUACAGAGUAUGUUCGGACAGAAAGUCAAUGAGGUAAUAGUAACUGGAAUUAUGAGCCCUUCUCAAAAUAUAUCACGAUUAGGUGCAGUUGAACCGGCGUUCGUCCAGAAUCAAAGACCAAUCGUAAACGCACAUCAAUCGGACGUUCUAAGCAUCGUCGCUAAAAGUGAAGCUGCCGCCAUAGCUGAAAAAAUGGCAGAGCAAUUACCUAUAACCACAACCGUUCCAUCAAUGCCUCCAGCAUUAGAUAACGCCAUUUUAACUUCUGCCAUUACAACCGAUAAGUUGGACGCUUUAGUUAAUUGUGCUGUAGAGACUCAUAUAAAUAAUUCAAAGAUGAUACGAAACACAUCUCCCCAGCAAAACUUGAUGUUGGGCAAUCAAGAUGUUUUAUUAAACUCUCAAAACUCCUUAAUGGUAUCGCCUAUUAUUAACACUGCCUUGACUACACCAACGACUUUGCAACAAGCCAUAAGUCAAUCGCCGAAUAUUUCCCCCGAAGUCAUUUUGAACUCUCAGGUUUCACCGAGUCUGAUGUGUCGAUCAUCUAAUAUAAUUCAAGACACUUUGUUAUCGACCACAGCGUUUUCUGCCACGACUGUUGACAACCCGAUCAUUCAACAACAAAAUUUAACAAACAUUUUAUCACCAGUUAAUCAACCUACCACUCAACAAUCUCAUAUGUCACCAGAACAUUUACACGCUAUAUCACCGAUUCAAAGAACGAUUGAGACGGAAAAAGAUAUUUUAUUAAAUGCAACGGCCGAUUUAUUGGCAACACAAAAAAAAAUUGCGUUUGGUAAUAUAUUGCAUCUUCCAGAUGGGAUCAAUAAUAACAAUAACAUCCAAACAAAUAGUUUAAUUCAAGAUAGUGCAUUACAAACGAUAGUUACCGAGGCUAGUUUCGUUGGUAAUCAAUUUCCAUCGACGGUAACAACCCAACCGGAAACGUUAACGUCGUCAAGCGAAAUUGAUAAAAGAAAUGAGGAUAGGAUGAUUCCGCCAUCGUUUCCGUCGAUGAGUGAUAACGAUUUGAUUAACAUCAUUAAUCCUACGUGUUUCGAUCAAGUAUAGUUCAUUCAUUGGUGGAGGCCAUUGCUGUGUGAUCUUGUGAGUUUGCGUGACUUUUAUUGUUAAGUUAUGCUCCCAUCUGUGUUUGCGAUGAGCGAAAGAGUGGCUUAAAAAAUUAUUGUGAUCACCUAAAAUUUAAGGAAGCGUAUCAUCAUAACUCAAAACAACAUCAUAAAAAUUAAAAAAAUAAAAUAAACAUCAUAAACAUUCUUCUUCUUUCAUAUAGCCUUCUUGUUUUUUGUGCAAGUUACAAUGCAAGUGCCGCUAAUAUUGCUUCGCGAAUACGCGUCAGUUUGAUUUUUGUUGUUCAAGAAGGGAUUAUUAAUUUGUUUGGUUCAUUAUUUUCAAUUACAAAAACGAUAUCUUUUUGACUUUGUGGACCUUUUCGUGAAAUAGGUUUUUGUUUGCGAGCUUCGGUUUCCUGUGUGUAUUUAUUUUAAUUUCGUUGCUGGACACUAACCGAAAUCGAACAACGCAACUUGUUGUUUUCUUGCAUUUGUUAUUGUUAUACUUUAAAAUAUUUACGCUGCUAUUCCAAUGUUCGGGAUAUUCGAUGUUUUCUGUGAAAGCAAAAUUACUUAAAAAAAAAAACUCAAAACGUUCUCGUAACGUGUCCUCAAGACACGCACACUCAAUAGAAUAUUCUCUUUUUUACGUUUUGUACAACACACAAUACGAUGACGUAAGGAUCACAUAGUUUUUAAUUUCUUUUUUAAAGAAUGAACUAAAUGCAAGCGACUACAGAUGAUAUAAAGAAUAUAAAAAAGAACUAUUUUGUAUGAUAAAUGUAUAAAAUUUAGAAUUAUGUAUCAAAGUGCUAAUAUAACUUGUUAAGUGGUGUAUAUUAUCGAAAAUAUAUAUGUUCAAUUUA